CCUUGAGCGGCGAGAUUGAUGUCUUUCUGACAUGAAGGAGAGUCCCUUUUUCUUCUCCUUACAUAUCUUGAAAGCGCCCCAAUGGGAUUCAUCGCUGCGGCGGUUGAGUGACGUCGGUGGGGCUCCGGCAUAGGCAACAUUCCACUCUUCAUGCGUCGGAUCAUGAAGAACACAACUCAGCCCUGACUAGAAGAUCAAUCCUUAGGCAGUUGUAUUCUAAAAAAGGAUCGCGGAGGCCCUAUCUUUAUUCGUUCCCUGCACAAUGUCCACACUCACGGAGGAAAAGCUUGCAAUCCUGCAGCAAUUCUCCGCGUGCGAUGUAUCUGACGCCCUUAUGAAAGCAGAGAAAGUGCCCAAGGGUGCACCCGCACACGGAGGCUUCCUAGCCGACCUUGGUCCUCUCAUCCUCUCCCCAUCUUCAACGUCCUCUAAGACGAUCGCUCCCAUCUCCACUGUUCAGUUCAUCCCCAAAGCCCAACCCUUCCUCCACAUUGCACAACAAGACCCGGAGCGUCACGGCUUUCCCGAAGCCACACACUGGGUAGAUCACACCCAGCGUGACACCAUCGUCCUGCUUGAUCAGCCCGAAGGCCAAAAAUGUGCUGUCCUCGGCGGAAUCAUGGCCGCGAGGAUGAGCGUUAUCGGUGCCAAAGGAGUAAUCGUUAACGGAAGGGUGAGGGAUAUGGCUGAACUGAAAGCAAGUGGGCUACCGAUAUGGGCGCGCGGUCAGUCCACCGUUGGCACGGGUGCUGAAGCCAAACCUGGUGCACGAAACGUACCGAUUUCUGUUAGUGGUGUCGCAGUUUCGCCGGGUGACAUCGCAUUUUGUGAUCCACUUGAAGGAGUCGUGGUAAUUCCGCAGGACUUGCUCGACGACGUUCUGGCGUUAAUGCCGAAACUUGUCGAAGCUGAUGACCGGGUCAAGGAAGAUGUAUUGAAUGGCUGUACCGUAUUUGACGCCUUCAAAAAGCAUCGAGGAGCGUAAACAUAGGACUGUAUGUAAAUAUGUAAAUAUCCUGGUUAUUUAUCCCUUAUACCAAUAAACAAGAAGUAAUAUACAAUAAAAACGCCCUAGAUGUAGGGAUACAAGGUUGCAUGCUCAUAAUGUGCAAAGGAGACGAAAUGCAAAGAAAUCUUAGAAGAGCCGAACAAGAGUCAUCAUCUCAUCAACGGAGCUUUUUACUCGGCGACCCAGACAGCCGCCAUACCCAUACCAGUUCCAACACACAUGCUAGUAACUCCGACUUUCUUGCCCGUUCUUCUCAAUUCAGUCAACAAUGUGCUGACCUGUCUAGAUCCAGUGCAUCCCAGCGGGUGACCAAAGGCGAUAGCACCACCCUUGGGGUUAACCUUCUCCAUGGGCAAACCGAGCUCCUUGGCACACCACAAGCACUGGGAAGCAAAGGCCUCGUUGAUCUCGUAGAUAUCAACAUCGUUCUUGGUGAUACCGGCCUUCUCCAAGGCAACGGGGAUGGCCUUCCAUGGACCCAUACCCAUGAGGAGCGGCUUCACGCCGACAACGCUGGCGGUAACGUACUUGCCGAUGAUCUUCUGGCCGAGUCUCUCAGCAGUGGAGCGUUUCAUGAGGAGAACGGCGGCAGCACCGUCGGAGAUCUGGGAAGAGUUUCCGGCGUGGAUGGAGCCAUCCUUUGCGAAAGCGGGUCUGAUCUUAGCAAGGGAUUCGGGAGUCAUGCCGGCUCUGACGCCAUCGUCGCGGUUGACAACGACGGUCUUUUCCUCGUUGGUUUUGGGGUCGGUAACCUUGACGGUCAGAGGGACGAUUUCUUCAUUGAACAGACCCUCCUUUUGAGCCUUUUCGGCCUUUUGGUAAGAAGAGGCGGCGAAGACAUCCUGCUCAGCACGGCUGAUCUUGA